AUGUCUGGCGGUGACGAGCAGGGUUUUGAUAUCCGGCAUUGCGAGCCGCCAUCGUUUGGGCGACAAUCGCCGGCGCCAGAAUUUGGCCAAUCUACCCAUGACCACACUGCCGCUUCUUUAGUUGACUCGCCGACCGUCUCUUUUUCCCCUCAGGCACGAUCACCGACCACGUAUUCUCCGCUGCCGUCAGGCUUCGACCCACUUCAUAAUCUCCACACUUCCGCCAAUCACCUGUCGUCGGGCGAUCCAUUGGAAGAUCGUAGAGGACGGGAGUCCCCAGACCCUGCUGAUUAUUAUCGCCAGCGUGGGGCCCUGUCAGGCACUUCCUCCAAUGUAAGUGAAGGUUCCGGGGGUGUUAGAACGGGCAUGGCGCCGGCCGAUCAUCCUACAGCCGGUGACAGAGUGUCGUCCCUGCCAACAAACAUGUUGCAGUCAUCGCGCACCAGACGUCAACCGUAUCGUUCAAUCUCGGAUUCCCCAACACUAGGAGAACCCUCUGCCACCGUACCCGCGUUUCCUUCGAACCACACGAGAUCACGACAACCUUCGACCCAGGAACUUAUCAACAGGUUCAACAAGACUUCCGACCAGGUCCUUCCUCUACCUUCAGGUCCAACUUCGAGGACAGUGAGUCCUGCUGGGAGUGGUGACGGCGAGCGACACCGUGCUUUACCACGGCGUUCUCAGUAUCGCGAUUCGCUACCAGAUUCGAUCACUAGCCAUCCUCGAGCGCCAAUUGAUUCGACGCCCUCAUCUCCGGGGACCGAGGAAUUCGAGCCGUCUCUGAGCGCGAACGAUUGUAUCCCGCCGCCUUUGUUUCAACGAAUCCCGAAAUCUCACCCUCGCCGAUCACUGUUUGGUGAACUAUUGUCGAUAGACACGAAAGUCAACAACAGUGCUAUCUCGCGGCUGCAACGUCGCGGGUCGGAUGGAAGUAUUCCAAGCCCGAAUCCAUCAUCCCUCGAGCCACACGAUCAGUACUCUGCCAAACCACCGCUUACCCCCACCGCAUGGUAUCUCGGACACACGACUUCUCUGGAGGCGGUUCACGCCGGGAUAAGAAACACCGGCAACCAUCGCAGAAAUCUGAGCGAUUUGCAUACAACAAGAGAACCCCUUGCAGAUCCGUGGACUCCUGAAAUGGCAGUACCCGCGCCCUUGCAGCGGGCUAAGCCCGGUCACGGCUCGCCCCCGGACAGUCCCAAUUCCAAGUCUCGCAUUCCUAUCUACUCACACCGUCUUAUCACUGCUUCCGGUCCCGAAAGCUUAUCACCUUCCUCCAACCCGACCUUCAGCAGCCGAUCUGCUGCCAUUACUUCGCCGCCUAAAGGCAGUAGCCGCCUUCCUAUUCCGUCCCCCAAACACAGUCCUCCCCGCAUGCCCUCAGAUGAUCCCACCUCGUUUGCGACAAGCUCCCGUCCCAGACGAGAUCCAACGAGUGGCCGAAUCCAUAAUCAAACAUCUGAAUCCAGUCGGCGACUCCAAGCCUACAUCACUGAACCGCCCGCCAAACAGUCACCUCAGUUGCGCAGCUCACGGCCCCGACAACCCGUUUCACAUGGUGCCUUGGUGUCCCCGCGCUCCAAGGUCGGAGACACCGUGUUGAAUAUACAAAAACACGCCAAUUCUAACGACUCAAGGUCUCGGCCUCAGCGCAAAUUACCUGAAUUGGGCAAGGUUGAUUUUGAUGCUCGUCGCCGGCAUAUUCAGCAGGCAAUCAAUCGACACACAACCAAUUCAAGUGUUCAGGAAAUUAAGAAUGAAAGAAGGGAAAUCAGAUCCGCUGCUGCCGAGCCUCAUCGCCCCGCUUUGGUGCGAGACCAAAAAGCGGAUGAGAAUACCAAAUACCCAGCGGAUGCACACCCAAGUAACCCAAGUCUGGCGGUGACCAACGCCACGGCCGAUGAAAUGGCUACCAUAGUCAAAGAGCCGGGAAGUUCAGUCGAAUAUCAGGAGAACGGGGUCGGCGUCACUCCCCGGCUGCAGCUCAACACCGUCGUAUCGACGUCGGAGACGGCAGCUCCGCACACAACGAUGGACUCUCCCACUCUUGGCUUUACACAGGGCGUAAAUUCAACAACUUCAGGUGAUGUCCAACCUGGAAAUGAUGGCCGGCCACAGUCGGCUACCACGACAGGCUCUGAUGAGACCCAUGUCACCACUUUUGAUCCGGAGCCGCAGUCCGGCCUGCUCCAACGAAACCCCAGUGUCUCUCAUCGCACUCUUCUCAGUCAAAUCAUGCAAAUUCGCGAGUCCAGCCCGAGCGAUGACUCCUGCGACGAACCCGACUGCAGCCUCUCAGAAAACGACGACAGGGAGUCCAUUCAGAUCAUGCUUCGAGAUACGACCUACUACAAUUCAUCUAGUAGUACUAAUACUCAAGAUCCUUGCCGUGCGCCAGCACAACAGUCUCAGGACAAGAUGAACACCCGAUGGAGCAUCGGCUCAUGGUCCUCGGUGCAAAACCAGAAUUCCACCUGUGACGAGCAAUGUGAUGAGAGCGGUGAUGAUUUCCUUCUUCAUGGCCGUGAGACGGAACCACCUACUGAGACUUGUUCAGCCGUUUCAACAAGACCUGCUUCCAUAGCGGAUGAACAAUCGUCGGCUCCAAUUCAGGACCAUGGUGUUAUGGGGCCGAACACACUUCAGACAUCUGGUAAUUAUAGCACCAAUUACUUCUCUACUCCUCCGAAGUUGGCGAGGCUGGGUAGAUGGGAUUCAAAGCGUGUCACUCAACUCUACCUCGAAGAGUUGACACGAGGCAGGAACUACAACAUUACCUCGGCAAUACAGGCUCCUCCUGCAGAGCCCCGAUCUCAUCCUACAGAUGCACAUAACGAAGGCCGGCCUGAUAGUUUGACCGACGAUCCGGUCGUCGUGCCAGGAUUCCAGGAUGUCCCCGUUUCCGCUAGGCACUCACACACAGCGAGCUUAGUGGGGCGUGAUGAUUGGGAACACGCAUCUCCCUCUAUCAUGGAUUGGAUGCGAAUUGCGGCUGAAGACGGCGCUGUUACCCCAAGUGCUGAGGUUGAUGGUAUGCGUACUGACGGAGUGCUCACACCCCGCGUGGUGUCUUCAACAACCAAAGACGCUGGUGCUACCAGCACAAACAACAACAAUGCAUUGUCCUUUGGCACCGAGUCUCACGUCGAAAGCAUCGCUUCUGUUCCUUUUCCUUCGGCAUCAACACUCCUUCCGCCAUCGACAAACUCAACUUUUGAUGCCAGUGGAGAUUCGCUCAUAGGCUCAGGUCAUGUUGAACUCAACCGCAGUAUCCAGACUGCUCCUAGAGAUGCGAAGCACAGUCCUGGUAGCAGUGAGGACUCUUCUCUUCUUCGCUUAGAAUCUCUGCAAUCUCCUGCAGCUGCUGGUUCCUCCGCCACGUCGCUUGCUCCGUCCACAGAGCAAACUGUGCAGGCUGGGACGAAGAUGUCACCCUCUCCAGAGCAAAAACGUCUAAAGAAGCGGCGUCACAUCAUCAAAGAACUGGUAGAUACUGAGCAUACCUUUGGCCAUGAUAUGAUGGUCAUUGAGGACAUCUACAAGAGCACCGCGAAUACGCUGUUGGAGGCUGAUGAUGUCAAAAUCCUCUUUGGCAAUUCCGAUCAAAUCGCGAACUUCUCCGACACUUUCUUGUAUCAUCUCAAGCAAGCGGCUAGAAGCAUAUACGUCAUGCCAGCGUCUCAACGAUGGACCAGCAAACGCAGCCGCACCAACCAAGCUGUUGAUCCCAUGCCUUCGGAAACCAAUGAAAGAUCGGAGUACGAAGGGAUGUCGGAUCUUGAAAAGGAUCGCGCCACAUCUGUCGGCCAGGUAUUUGUCACUUAUAUGACACAGAUGGAAAAGGUGUACACGGAUUACCUGAAAAACCACGAUUCUGCAAACAAAAAACUUCAGGCCUUGCAGCGCAUCCCGAAUGUAGGGAUUUGGCUGAGCGAAUGUCGGAAUUGUGCACACGAUCUCACAACUGCCUGGGAUUUGGACUCUUUGCUCGUUAAACCGGUGCAAAGAAUCUUGAAAUACCCUCUCAUUCUACGCGACCUGCUGGAGUCUACGCCAAACGACCACCCAGACCGGGCGAUGAUUGCCGCUGCACUGGAGGAGGUCACCAAUGUUUCUCAUCGUAUCAAUGCGAUGAAGAAGCGGGCAGAACUUGUAGGCCAAGCUGUCGGUCGAAAGCGCAACCAGUCUGAUGUGCGUGCUGGUCUGUCUAAAGCCUUUGGUCGCCGCACGGAAAAGUUCCGACAGCAAGUUGGCCUCUCCGACUUGUUUGAGGACAAAGUCUAUGAUUCUCUGGCGCAGAAGCUUGGGGACGGCUACUUCCAGUUGCAGGUGGUCAUGCGAGACGUUGAGAGUUAUUCCCGGGAUGUGCAACUCUAUGUGAACCAAUUCAAUGAGUAUGCCGACUCCAUUGCAGACAUCAUUGGCAUGUCUCCAUCUCCCUACCCACAGCUGGAGGCCAAGUGGCGCCAAUUCAAGAUGACAGUGCACGAUAUUGUGACGACUGCCCUUCCAGAACAUCUUGCCGUCGUCCGCAAAACGGUUAUCGAACCGAUGGUUGAACUUCUCGGACUUUACAAUGCACCCCAGCGGGUCAUGAGAAAGCGUGACAAGCGACUCCCUGAAUAUGCACGCUACAAAGCCAUUCAGGACCGCGGCGACAAGCCUGACAAAAAGACCACCGAUCAAGGCGAGCAAUUCUUGGCUCUCAACGAAACUUUGAAAGAUGAAUUGCCUAGACUCUAUGCGUUGACUUCUAAACUGAUGGAAGCAACUUUGAAGAACUUCAUCGAGAUUCAAACUGUGUGGUAUAGCAUACUGCAGAAAAAGAUUGGAGUCCAUGUGGACUUGUUCCCCAGCGACCUCGAGAGGCUCAUUGGUGAAUUCAAUAGUGAACACAUCUUGAUGGAGGCUCGAGUGGAAGAGCUAACCUCUUGCAACGGAUCGCUGCUCGCCCAUUCGCUUAAUCUGGUGCCUGUUUCGCCCACGGAGCGUGAGCAUAAUCCCAUGUCGUCUCGCCGUCCUUCCACUGUCAACAGUUCCAGUGCGCGACGAUCUGGGUCCAUGACCUCAGAUUCACCAAAAGUCUCUCGUGAUUUCAGCGUUGGCAGCCAAUCAUACCAGUCCCCCCUGAUGGAAGACCAGUCCAGACGCAGCAGCCGUUAUCGCGCCGAUUCCAUUUUCUCUGGCCGAGUUGUCUCCGAUACUCCCAACCAACUGCUGCAACAAGUCACCAGCUCUCCUGCGCCUCCUCGAACUAGCGAUGUCGAACCUUUCCCAAGCCUACCGAGACUUAGCCUGGACACACCAUUCCUCACGGAUGUCAUCAGCUCCUCGCACUCCAGCAAUGCACCAACCUCCCCUACUGAUCGAUACUCGGGAUUUUUCUCGUCCGCCAUGCCCAUGUCCGAUACGCCAAUCGAUAACUAUCCGCCUGGUGAACGCAGUGCUUCUCUCACGGGGCCUGCGACGUUGUUCUGCGCCGCUAGCGUUUGUGACUUUAACAUCGAGACUCGCACAGAGGGUGGUUAUCCUUAUCUGACCUAUGUUAGCGGGGAUGUCUUUGACAUCAUCGGAGAGAAGGGCGAGCUCUGGCUUGCUCGCAAUCAGGACGAUAGCACGCGCACAGUGGGAUGGAUCUGGAACCGACACGUUGUCAAAAUUGACGAUUGA